AUGGCGUCGAGACAGCUGCCGCCCCCUAUCGGUUCCGGUAUCCAAAUACAGCAUAAUAUCACUGGCAGCUACAAGUGUGAUACCACAGGCUGCACGGCUGCACCCUUCCAGACGCAGUACCUUCUGAAUUCGCACAUGAACGUCCACUCGCAGACUCGACCACAUUUCUGCCCAGUCAAGGGGUGUCCACGUAGCGAAGGCGGCAAGGGCUUCAAGCGCAAGAAUGAAAUGAUCAGGCAUGGUCUCGUGCAUCAGUCUCCCGGCUAUGUGUGCCCCUUCUGCCCAGAUCGAGAGCACAAGUACCCACGCCCCGACAACCUACAAAGGCACGUCCGCGUUCACCACGUCGACAAGGACAAGGACGACCCGCAGUUGCGCGAUGUGCUCGCCCAACGGCCCGAAGGCGGCAGUCGUGGGCGGAGAAGACGAGUGAGCCAUACCGCACCUUCCUCCCUUUACAUCCUCUAA